AUGAACGAACAGCAAGGCUUGCAAACGUCUGCUAUGCCGUCUUCCAGACCAAUCAGCAUCCUCCUCGUCAAUCCAAAUGCCACCGAAAGCAUGACCAAUUCCUGCCUCUCAACCCUCACUCCAUUCCUGCCUUCAGAUGUUCAUGUCACACCUUUCACGGCUCCCGCUGGAGACGCUCCCACUGCGAUUGAGAGCACAACAGACAGUAUUCUCGCAUCWGCAGCCUGUUUCCGCGCCAUUCUCCCCCUUCAGAAACAGCAUUCAUUUGAUGCGAUUCUCGUUGCAUGCUACUCCGACAUUCCCCUGAUCAAAAUGCUCCGCGAGGAAUUCACGAUUCCUGUCAUUGGCAUCAUGGAAGCCUCCCUACUGUAUGCUCGAACGCUGGGAGGUCGCUUUGGAUUGAUCGCAACCUCUGCAAGAUCGAAAAUAAUACAUAGAGACGCGGUCAGAGCCUAUGGAUGUGAAUCUUUCUGUGCGGGCAUUGAAUCCUGCAAUCUCGGUGUCCUUGAACUCGAGAGCCGUCCUUCAGAAGAAGUUGUGGCUAUCUUGCGUGAUGUUGCAAGAAAGCUGAUCGCAGACGGAGCAGAGGUCUUGACGUUGGGUUGUGCGGGCAUGAGUAUGCUGAAGACGGCAGUGGAGGCGGCAGUGGAAACGGAGCAAGUGCAGUGUGUGGAUGGCGUUGUUGCGGGUAUCCAGCAUCUUACUGGAUGCGUGAGGAUGGGAGGCAAGACGUCUAAAGUCGGCGGGUGGAGGAGUAGUGCUGAAGGGAGAAAGAGAAGAGGACAGGAAUAUGUUUAA